AUGCUAUCGUCGGCAUCUUUACCAUCUCUGUGGAUAGAACCUGAAACAAAAGCCGUACAACAUAUUUCUUCUCAAUUUACAACUCAAACCGACCAAUUACCAUGUCAUUCAACACAGCAAUAUAUUCCUAUUAUAAACAUCAGAAACAUCAGUUUUGACCAUACUGACAAUGGCAAUAUAAAAGUGCUUGGAAAAGGAGCUACAGCAGAAGUGUUACAAGGCAAUUUACACUAUGUGUGUUCUUUAGAGAAAGUUGCUAUAAAACUUCUAAAAACUAUCCAUGACGCCUAUGUCCUUGUUAACGACAUUAAGACUGAUAACAUUAUGGUUAAUAUACAAGACUUAUCCAUCAAGUUUAUCGACAUGGGCCAUGCCAGCCAUAGGGGAGGUCGGAGCUUUAACCUGCCCGUAGAAGAAGCAUACAAAUAUCCACACAUGGCACCAGAAAUUAGCAGUGGACAGCUUACUACAAAGGCAACAGAUAUCUUCAGCCUGGGAUAUCUUAUAAGGAUGUUCCCAACAAGCCCUUUGAAGACAAUAGGACAAAUGUGCCAGAAUCCUUGUCCUGCACAGCGACCACCAAUUGAAGAAAUAAUUGAUAACAUAUCUGGGCACAUGAAGUAA